UCUAGUCCCUGGGCGGGGCGGGUCCCGGUCUGGCUCCCGGUGUGGUCCCUGGCCCGGGCCCGCCCCGCCGCCUCUUCAGACCCGAGUAGGGCACCGCGCACGGGGCAGGGAUGGGGAGGCGCUGCUGGCGGCGGCGCGCGCUGGCAGCCGCGUGUCUGGGAGCCGCGCUGCUGCUCCUGCUCCUGAGCGUCGCGCCGCGCGCCCUGCGACCGGUAUUUGACAACAGGGCCAUGGGCUCCAGCUGGCUUGGUGGGAGGAGGAGGAGUCCCCUGCAGAUGCUCCACGACCUGGACCAGGGCCGGCUCUCCGACUUGGCUGAGGUGCACCGGCAACGGCGCGACUGGUUGCGUCGCACCUGCAGCCGCCACACGCGUCGGCAGCACCUGCUGCAGCCCGAGGACCUGCGGCACGUGCUGGUGGACGACGCGCACGGCCUGCUCUACUGCUACGUGCCCAAGGUGGCCUGCACCAACUGGAAGCGCGUGCUGCUGGCGCUGAGUGGCCGCGCGCCCAGCGACCCGCGCACCAUCCCCGCGCACGAGGCGCACGCGCCCGGCCGCCUACCCUCGCUGGCCGACUUCAGCCCGGCCGAGGUCAACCGCCGCCUGCGCGCCUACCUGGCCUUCCUCUUCGUGCGCGAGCCGUUCGAGCGCCUGGCGUCGGCCUACCGCAACAAGCUGCAGCGGCCCUGGGGCGCCGACUUCCAGCGCCGCUUCGGCACUAGCAUCGUGCGGCGCCUGCGGCCGCGCCCUGGCCCCGACGCGCUAACCCGCGGUCACGACGUACGCUUCGCCGAGUUCCUGGCUUACCUGCUGGACCCGCGCACGCGCCGCGAUGGGCCCUUCAACGAGCACUGGGAGCGCACCCACGCGCUCUGCCACCCAUGCCGCCUGCGCUACGACGUAGUGGGCAAGUUCGAGACGUUGGCUGAGGACGCGGCCUUCGUGCUGAGCCUGGUGGGCGCGCCCGGCUUGCGCUUCCCCGAACCGCCGCCCGGAGCCGGGGCGGCCGCCGCACACGACCGGGCGGCGCGCCUCUUCCGCGACAUCAGCCCCUUCUACCAGCGACGCCUCUUUGGCCUCUACAAGAUGGACUUCCUGCUCUUCAAUUACUCCGCCCCCUCCUAUCUGCGGCUGCGCUAGCCCUGCGGGGAAGUGUGUGUCGAGCGAGAGGGAGAGAAGAGAAGGGGAUGAGGGGGAUGCGGGGGCUGCGGGUCCGACUCCACCCCGAGCCCAGGUGCAUCACAAUUAUAACUCACCCACCUGCUCUGCUGUCACCCCUCAGCAGCUCCUGCUGUCUGGUGCUUGUCUGUCACACGUCUCCCUUGCAAGCACUGUGUGCAGCAGUGCCCCCUCGACUGUCUCCAGGAUCUGCCUGCUCUGACCUCUUGCUGGUGCCAGAAGGUCACAGGCUGUCAACUGCUCCCCCCCCCAAAAAAAAAUGGGGUCUCGGCUGGGUCACCAGAUGACCUGAGAAAGCAGGGUUUCAUGGGCAGAGCUGGACAGGUCGUGAGGGCCCCCAUAAGCGAUUUUCUACUAAAACCACACACCAAGUUCCUAAAAGGGACAGAGAUUACCAAUGGAAGGUUCGAAGGCCUUCUAACUCAUCACUGACCUGCAUGUCCCAGUCACUUGGAACUGGGUAGUCCUGGUUAGCACUUCCUCGGGAUGGACGUGAUGUGGGUGGAUUGGGUUACAAACUUGUUUGAAGUUUCAUCGUUCUUUGCUUUUUCUGGCUUUUAUUGUCAGGAAAAUAUUUCUCAGGUUUUUGUAGUUAUGGAGUUGGUUUUGGUUUCAAUUUUAUGCUGUGGAUUUGACAUCCAAGCAGCUUCCCAGGAGGCAUAUUUCCGUGAUUUAAAAGUUUGCUAAAAUAAACCCCUGUUUCUUUGUAACUGA